AUGUCUGACCUGGUUGCCUCCGAAUAUACUCCGCUGGAGGUGCCUCUUCCUCCAGGCCCGGAUACGUCGUUCUUUUCCGAGACGCAAUGGACGACACUCUUUGCAUUGGCAGAUGCUAUAAUCCCGUCAAUUCGGACGGCUGCUACCGUCAGAUCAUCAACCGACAAGGUCAUUUCAACCGCAGAAUGGGACUCGGCCGUGACCAAGCUGUCCUCGUUGAUCCCCGGCCCUGAAGCCGUAAAGGUCGCGGCCAUCUACUUGGAAGAAGAUGUCUCGUCGAAUCCUCUCUUCCGUGCAUACGUGGAGCGCAUUUUCGGGCAUUAUGUACACGAGGAAGGAAAGAGUGGCUUUGGGUUGAUUAUGAAUGCUCUCAACACUCGAGCGGGCUCAUUGAUACUAACCGGGUCCACCACACCAAUUCAUCAACAGCCCGUGGCCUUCCGUGAAAAGGUCUUCCGUGGAUGGGACACUUCCCGACUGCCCCCCCUCCGCGCGGUCUAUCGCGGACUCUCGGCAAUCGUCAAGAAGUCGUGGGUGAUGGCGAGUCCGACCAUGAAUCAAGUUCUCGGAAUUCCUCGCAUUCCCGUGCAUGGAAAGCCGACCGAUGGCUUCCCGUAUGAGUUCCUGCAGUUCCCUGCUGGAGAUCAACCCGAGACGAUUGAAACGGACGUGGUGAUUGUCGGUAGCGGCUGCGGAGGCGCAGUAACUGCAAAGAACCUGGCCGAGGCCGGUCUUCGAGUGCUCGUAGUUGAAAAGUCAUACUCUUACUCCAGCAAGUCGUUCCCCAUGACGCCGAACGAGGCAUAUGUGAAUAUGUUUGAGAACGCGGGAGCCACUAUUAGUGAGGAUGGAACGAUGGCUGUCCUGGCAGGCUCAACGUGGGGCGGUGGUGGUACGGUCAACUGGUCUGCUGCCCUUCAGACGCAGGCAUAUGUUCGUCAAGAAUGGGCCGAUACUGGCCUGCCCUUCUUCACCUCACUCGAGUUCCAGCGAAGUUUGGACCGUGUCUGUGACCGGAUGGGAGUCAACAUCGAGCAUGUUGAGCACAACCGACAGAACAACGUCAUCUUGGAAGGCGCACGCAAGCUCGGCUAUGCGGCCAAGGCAGUGCCGCAGAAUACCGGCAACAGCGAGCACUAUUGCGGCUACUGCACGCUGGGCUGCCAUUCGGCCGGUAAGAAAGGCCCCACGGAGACAUUCCUCGCCGACGCAGCCAAGGCGGGUGCAGUCUUCAUCGAAGGAUUCAAGGCGGAUAAGGUGAAAUUUGACGGGAAGACCCAAAAUGGGAAGCGGGUUGCGGUCGGUGUGGAAGGUACUUGGACUUCGCGCGAUUCGUAUCUCGGCAUCAGUGGCGAUGGCGCCGUGCAACGCAAGUUGAUCAUCAAGGCGAAGAAGGUGGUGGUCUCGUCGGGUACCUUGCAGAGCCCUCUUUUGCUGCUGCGGAGUGGCAUCAAGAAUUCUCAGAUUGGAAAGAAUUUGCAUUUGCAUCCAGUCAUGGGCGGUGGUGCCGUAUUUGACGACUCUGUUCGCCCGUGGGAAGGUGGCGCGUUGACAACCGUGGUCAACGAGUUCGAGGACCUGGAUGGACACGGUCACGGCGUGAAGAUUGAAGCCGUGUCGAUGAUGCCAUCCGUAUAUAUUCCGGUCUUCCCCUGGCGAGACGGUCUGGACUAUAAGCUCUGGGCUGCGGGCAUGAGUCGCAGCACCAGCUUCAUCACGUUGACCAAGGACCGUGAUGGUGGUCGGGUCUUCCCCGACCCGGUGGAUGGUCGGCCUCGUAUUGAUUAUACCGUCUCGCCCUUCGAUCGGCGCCAUAUCGUGGAGGGCAUCAUCGCCGCCGCGAAGAUCGCCUAUAUCUCCGGUGCGAAGGAGUUCCACACGACUUAUCGUGAUAUCCCGCCUUUCAUCCGCCCUGACGCGUCGAACCCGGAUGCUCCAGAGGGCACCAAUGAUGUUGCUCUGCAGAAUUGGAUCGCCGAGCUGCGUCGCAAGUCCCCCUUGAACCCCGAACGGGGCCUGUUCGCCAGUGCGCAUCAGAUGGGAACGUGUCGCAUGGGCAAGACUCCCAAGACUAGCGUGGUGGACCCGGACUGCCAAGUUUGGGGAACAGAUGGCUUGUACGUUGUUGAUGCGUCGGUCUUCCCCAGCGCCAGUGGUGUUAACCCGAUGGUCACCAACAUGGCUAUUGCCGAUUGGGCCAGCCGAAAUGUCGCUCGGGCAUUGGGUAAGCCUCGAAGCGAGCGGAACGGUAUGGCUCGCCUGUGA